AGCACAGAGCAGGAAGUCAAGCACCACGGCCAACAUGCAGAGCAUCAGCUCCCCGGGGGGCAGCGUCCUGUCCGAGGACCAGUUCAGCUGCUCCAUCUGCCUGGAGGUGUUCGUGGAGCCCGUGUCCACGCCGUGCGGACACAGCUUCUGUAAGGCCUGCCUCACGGGCUACUGGAACCACAGCAAGAAGCUCUCCUGCCCCAUGUGCAAGAAGAGCUACUCCAAGAAGCCCGAGAUGAGCGUCAACAGGGUCCUGGCCGAGAUCUCCUCCCAGUUCCAGGGCCUGAUGAUGGCCGGGGGGGCCACCAUGGACGGGGGGGGGGCGUCCUCCCGGGGGUCCACGCUGAACCUGAGCACAGACUCGGGCAAAGGGGUUUCAUCGGGGGUCGACACUGGGGAGUUCGCCCGGCCGGGGGAUGUUCCCUGUGACUCCUGCAUCGGGAGGAAGCUGAAGGCCAUGAAGUCGUGUGUGAACUGUCCCGGGUCCUUCUGUGAGACGCACCUACGGCAUCACAAGAAGGUGAAGUCUCUGUCGUCUCAUCGUCUGAUCGAACCCACGUUCCACCUGGAGGAGAAGAUCUGCAAGAAACACGAGCGCCUGGUGGACGUGUACUGCCGCACCGACCACGUCUGCAUCUGCACGGCGUGCGCCGAGGCCACGCACAAGUCCCACGACAUCGUCAGCGCCGAGCACGAGUGGAAGAAGAAGAUGAGCAACGUGGGAAAGAGAAGGUCGGAGCUGAAACAUCUGAUCAAGGAGAGAGCCAAGAAACUGGAGGAGAUCAAACAGUCCAUCAAGGUCAUCAAGACCAACGCUCAGAAGGAGCUGGAGGAGAGCUGGCAGGUUUACGCCGAGCUGCAGCGGCUGGUGGAGCAGAGCCAGGCGGAGCUGGUGGAGCUGAUCGCCACGCGGCAGCGCGAGGCCGAGCGCCACGCCCAGGAGCUGGCCCGCGGGCUGGAGAACGAGCUGAGUCAGCUGAGGAGGAGGAGCAGCGAGCUGGAGGCGUACGCACACACCCAGGACAAGGUCAUCUUCCUCCAGAAUAUCGUGACGCUGUCACCCCCGCCCGAGCCCACCGAUUGGUCGGCGGUCAGCAUCAACACGGAUCUCUACCUGGGAACCAUCCGCUCGUCCGUCAGCAGCCUCAUGGACAAGUUCCAGGAGGAGCUGAAGAGACUGUACGCCAAAGAACUCCGGAAGGUGCAGAACUACUCCAGUGAGGUGAUCCUGGACUCGUCCACGGCCCAGAGGAACCUGGUCGUGUCCGAGGACGGUCGCCAGGUGAGGUACGAGGAGCGUAAGACCCCCCACACCGAGGGUCCCAAGCGCUACAGCCCCGCCCUCUUCGUCCUGGGCCGGGAGGGCCUCGGCUCCGGGCGCCACUACUGGGAGGUGGACCUGGGGCGCAAGACGGCCUGGACGCUGGGCGUGGCCCGUGCUACCGCUCGCCGCAAGGGCGAGAUCAAGCUGAGUCCCGAGGGCGGGUACUGGUGCCUGUGGCUGAAGAACGGCGAGGUGAAGGCCCUGGCCGCCUCCCGCCUGCCGCUGACGCUCCAGUUCCAACCCAACAAGGUGGGAAUCUUCCUGGAUUACGACGGCGGCCGGAUCUCGUUCUACGACGUGAAGGCGCGGCUGCAUCUCUACACCUUCUCUGAUUCCUUCAGCGAGAGUCUGUUUCCCAUCUUCAGCCCGUGUCUCGUCCAGGAGGGAAAGAACACUUCUCCUCUCGUGAUCACACCCGUGAAACACACCUGAGACCCGCAGCCACACAGAAGGAAUCCUCUGUGCCUGCAGGGGGCGCUGCUGCUCAGUACAAGUAACACAGUGUUGCUCUAAAGCAGGAUUGUGUUAUCAAUGUGUGUUUUGUCAAUGGAAACCAAACUGUAACAUGUAUUGACUGACGACAUUAUGAAAGAAGUAAAUCUGCGUCAGUAGUUCCAUUCUGCUGUACGAGAUUGUAUAUAAAAAAAUAUUAAUAUAAAGUUGUUAAAUCCAGUGAAGGACGUAGUUAAGUGUGAGUGAUGCUGCACCUCUGGCUCCUCCCUUUGUGUAAACCUGUGUUUAACUGUAACUCUGAGGUUUCAGACACUUUACAGAUGAAAAGUUCAUUGAUGCAAAUGUAACGUCUGCAGUCUUGGGACUAGAUGAGAGGCUUUGUACAUAUGGACUUUAUUUGCAAAGGGCAUAUUCUACAACAUGUUGACCUAUGACUUUUUAAAACACUUUUUAAAACACUAAGCAAUAUAUAUUAUCCUGUAUUUUUAUAUCAAG